UGCGCUGACGUGCAGUGGAGCUGUAACGCAGAAAUGGUAAAGGCAGACAGACAUAAGUGGAUGGCAGCAUGUCCUCAGCAUGACAUCAACGACGCAGACACACUGAAGAGUCUUAAAGUGGACUGCCGUCCUCCGCUCAUGCUAAAUAUAGCCUUGGCAUUGCAGCAUGUUAUGGUCCAUUCCUCUCUGUGUGCAUUGGUAGUUGGAGCAUUAGUGCCUCAGGCUGAGAAGGAAAGAACAACUGCCUCUGUAUUCUUUUACUCUGGUGUUUCUGCACUCCUCCAGACAUGUUUUGGAUCACGCUUGCCAUUGAUCCAGGCUCCAUCACUGGACUACCUGGUUCCAGCGCUUGUCCUACUUUGUGCUGGGAGUCAUGCAGCCUGCAGGGGGCAGUGUGAUCAAUCAAAGCAGUUUGAGGUCUCUGCACACCAGCUGAGAGAGUUGCAGGGCAUGGCUGUAGUAGCAGGCCUGGUGCAGUUGUCAGUGGGUUUGUUUGGUGUGGGCGGAGCCACGCUGACCCGAAGUGGCCCGCUUGUCCUCGCUCCUGUGUGUUGCAUGCUGGGAUUCUCCAUCUACAGAGAGGCAGCUCUGCUUUGUUCAGACCACUGGGGAUUUGCUCUGCUGACUGUGGUUUUGCUGGUGUUUCUGUCGCAGUACCUGCGUUGCUGGACUCCCUCUGCCCAUCUAAAGCUCCCACUGUACCCUGCAGUCAGUAUGCUCUCUGUGCUGCUGUCUGUGCUGUUGGUGUGGGUUGUGUGUGCUGCUCUGCAACACUGUGGACACAUCACUCCUCACUCUGUGUCCCAACUCCUUUUCAAGGAUGAUUUAAAUACGACCCAGUUUCAAAAACGGACAGCUGCAAAUUCCUCUAACCUCUUUUCUUCAACGUGGUUUAGCCCACCCUUACCUGGUCUUGGGCUCCCCCUUCUGUCUGGUGACAGUAUUGCAGCAGGGAUUGCAGCAGGGUUGUCUUCUUGCAUAAGCUCUCAGACGGUCUAUGUAGUAACAGCCCGGCUUGUGAAAGCUCCCACACCUCCAGCACAGGCAUGUAACAGGGGGCUGAGUGUAGAGGGUCUGGGCAGCGUGCUCGCUGGGCUGAUGGGGGCUCCGGUGGGGCUGUGCAGCAGUGUGCCUAAUGCCAGUAUGAUCAGUCUCAGCCAGUGUGGUUCUCGAGCCACGGUGCAGCUCGCCGCUGUGAUGCUCCUGGGUCUGGGUUUGUUCCUCCAACUGACCCAGCUGCUUACUUCAGUCCCUCUGGCUAUCCAUGGUGCUGUGCUCAGUGUGACCUACACAGUGGCUUCAGCGACAGGAAUAACGUACCUCCAGUACACAGACGUGGACUCAGGACGCAACAUUUUCAACACUGGCUUCACAGUAUUCAUGUCUUUAGUGCUUCCUCGCUGGUUUAGAAUGCAGUCUGGAUUUAUCUACACUGGUCUCCGCAGUCUUGACAUCUUUUUGCAGUCUUGUCUGAUGCUUCCAGUGUUUUUAGUUAGCUUUUUAGCCUUUCUUCUAGACCACACGGUUUCAGGAACCCUGUCUGAGAGGGGGCUCGAACACGAUCAGAGCACAAUGAAGAUACAAUCAUUAGCUGAUAAGCCACAGGAAAACAGCCAAAGCUUAGCGACUGUGUACGAGCCUCCACAACCUGUGAAGAACAUGAUGGCCUGGCCUGGUCUCCGUAAUUUUCCUUUCUGUGCCUGCAGGAGCCUGGAGGUGGAGAAAAUCACAGUGACGUCUGCGGAGAUGUCAAGCUUAUUACCUCAGUAGGCUGAAUGAAAGCAUGUACUGUAUGUGUUGCUGAUAAAGUUAAACAGCAUCAGAUAUGGUUUUACAUUGCACUGUGUCAAAAUGUUCACCUUAACUGGUGUGUUGAGUGCUUUCGGUUUAUCUGGUUAUAUACAGUAUAUUGUAUACACUC